UCUCUACGAGAUGGUCGCUCUCGGAUUUCUCUCUCUGUGCGUGCAGAAGCUUCUCUCUGAAGAUACCGACUGAAGUACGGUGGAUAGUUUAUAUUUUGAGAAGAGAUAUAUACGAAAGAUGUAUUCAGCGUUGGAUGUGUGUUGGAGUAAAAAUUGAUGGAUCUAAACCUCAUGUGUAUGCAUUUGCAUACGCUACUCUAAUUCGGUAUUUAAAUAGUUAUCUUAUGUGGCGGGAAUACGUUACAUAAGCGAUAUUUUAGAUGGGGAAGAAGAGGAAUGUUCAACCACCACCGAUAAUGCCAGGUCGGGUAAAAGUGGAAAUAAAAGAUGAAAUAGGAGACAGCGAUGUGCUUGUUGCGAGAGAUCGAUUGAAAGGUGCUCUUCGGGAAUUAUUGCAACACAGUGAUACAGGUUCCUCGGCAGAUUCGAGCGAAGAGAGCCCAUCUCACGAUUAUAAGCAGCAAAUGAAAAAAACAACAAAAGCCAUGAAUUUUCAACAACCACGGAAGAUCAGACGUCGUCGUCAAGUACCAACCGAUACGCCAUUUCAUCAUACAUAUGUGAUGAAAUUAUUCGAUCGCAGUGUUGAUUUAGCUCAGUUUCAAGAAGAUACGCCACUUUAUCCUAUAUGUCGCGCUUGGAUGGCUAAUCAGCCGAGGAAUCCUAAUUUGGUUCCCAAAGUACGCAGCCCGAGUCCGGAAAUAGUGAAUGAAGUUAAUAUGGGGAAUAAUAUAUUUGACACAAAUGGAGAAUUAAGUGAUGUCCAUUAUUUGCCACCACCUUUGCCUUGUGAGGAGGCCAUACCGAAAAAUCGUAUUCCAUCUCCUAUAGUCGGAGAGAAGGAUGAGCUGAACUUAGAUUAUGACGGACAUACUCUCAAAUCGCGAGAGACACUAAUGAAGGAGCAUACUGCACGGUGGAAUGCUAUUCGCAAAAAGUGGCAUCAGCAAGCACAUAAGAAUGAGCUACGUUUUAUAGAAAGCGCUAAUAUACUCAGCACCAUUUUUAAAAAGGCACAAUCAGAGUUUGAAUAGCAGAGACGAAAGAGCAGCGAUCUUACAACUGCCAAUUCUCUCGUUGCUGAUAGUUUUUUUUGUUAUCAAGGAGUAAUUUCUUAUUUGCUAUUUUUCUACACGUUUGCUUAUCAGUGAAUGUAUAUAUGAAAGAGAUGACUAUAUAUGUGUUGUGUGUGUAUAUAUAUAUAUGUCUUAUAUGAAUUUAAUUUCUUCUUAUAAUGGCUGAAAAAAAUUGCAAUCAUGUUUUUUAAUCAAUAUUUCUCUCGAUAAAUCAUCACACUUUAAUAUAAAAUAAUUCUUGCAAUUCUUGUAGAUUUCUUUUUUUUUUUUUUUU